CGUCUCCUGGAGACUCCCGACAGCAGAAAGAGGAAAACUGAAGAAAAAGAAGAAAGAAAACCCGACCCCGAACCCAGACCGUCCGGGAAGAACCUCGACCAGAAGCCGGUUCCGGAUCUGAGGGAUCUGAAGGAUCUGCAGGAUCAGGGUCAGGAUGGACGACAUCUUCACCCAGUGCCGGGAGGGAAACUCGGUGGCGGUUCGGCUGUGGCUGGACAACACGGAGAACGACCUGAACCUGGGGGACGACCACGGCUUCAGCCCGCUCCACUGGGCCUGCAGGGAGGGCAAGGCCGGCGUGGUGGACAUGCUCAUCAUGAGAGGCGCCCGCAUCAACGUGAUGAACCGCGGCGACGACACGCCGCUGCACCUCGCCGCCAGCCACGGCCACCGGGACAUCGUGGCCAAGCUGAUUCAGUGCAAAGCCGACCCCAACACGGUCAACGAGCACGGGAACACCCCGCUGCACUACGCCUGCUUCUGGGGGCAGGACGACGUGGCAGAGGACCUGGUGGCCAGCGGCGCCCAGGUGUGCAUGUGCAACCGGUACGGACAGACCCCCCUGGACAAGGCCAAGCCGCACCUCAGGCAGCUGCUGCAAGAAAAGGCAGAGAAACUGGGCCAGAGCCUGACCAAGAUCCCGUACAAGGAAACCUUCUGGAAGGGAACCAUGCGGACCCGCCCCCGCAACGGGACGCUCAACAAGCAGGCCGGGAUCGACUUCAAGCAGCUCUCGCUGCUGGCCAAGAUCAACGAGAACCAGUCCGGGGAGCUGUGGCAGGGCCGGUGGCAGGGCGACGAGAUCGUGGUGAAGGUCCUGCAGGUGAGAGACUGGAGCACCAGGAAGAGCCGGGACUUCAACGAGGAGCACCCCAAGCUCAGGAUCUUUUCUCAUCCAAACAUUCUGCCUGUUCUGGGGGCGUGUCAGUCCCCUCCAUCCCCCCACCCCAUCAUCAUCACCCACUACAUGCCCUACGGAUCCCUGUACAACAUCCUCCACCAGGGCACCACGCUGGUGGUGGACCAGAGCCAGGCGGUGAAGUUCGCCCUGGACAUCGGCAGCGGCAUGGCGUUCCUCCACACCCUGGAGCCCAUGGUCCACCGGCUGCACCUCAACAGUAAACACAUCAUGAUCGACGAGGACAUGACGGCCAGGAUUAGCAUGGCGGACGCCAAGUUCUCCUUCCAGUGCCCCGGACGCAUGUACUCCCCGGCAUGGAUGGCCCCAGAAGCCCUGCAGAAGAGACCGGAGGACAUCAACCGCAGAUCUGCCGACAUGUGGAGCUUCGCCGUUCUGCUGUGGGAGCUGGUGACCCGGGAGGUUCCCUUCGCCGACCUGUCGCACAUGGAGAUCGGGAUGAAGGUGGCGCUGGAGGGGCUCCGGCCCACCAUCCCCCCAGGAAUCUCCCCCCACAUCUGCAAGCUGAUGAGACUCUGCAUGAACGAGGAUCCGGCCAAGAGACCCAAGUUCGACAUGAUCGUCCCCAUCCUGGAGAAGAUGCAGGACAAGUGACCCACUCCGGAUCUGGUGUCUGAUUAGCUAAACCACUUCAGCUUCACGCCGGUCACGGACCUACCGGGACCUCGACCUGGUCCAGGACCUGGUCCAGGACCUGGUCCAGGAUCUGGACCUACCUGGUCCAGGAUCUACCAGGUCCUACACUGCAAAAACUCAAAGUCUUACCAGGAAUAUUUGUCUUAUUUCUAGUUAAAAUGUAUAGUUUUUAGUAAAAAAAAAUCUCAUUACAAUUAAAACAAGAGUCAUUACCAGAAAAAUAACUUAUUUGACAAUUUU